CGGUAGAACAGAUAAUUAUAAGGUGGCGAUAAACAGCACAGACGGUCAGCUGGCUUCUAUACCUUCUAUCUGAAGUAACGGUAAACAUGUUCCUGGAAUGGUUCGUUUUCAGCAGUGUCCUGACACAUACACUUGCCGACUCGUGUGCUGAUCCUACCCAGUUCGUUGCUCAAAACAAAAAAUGUCUGACAGACAACAACAUAACGUUUACUCUACCAAAUGACAUCAACGUAGCCGCUGACAACGUUGUGGAGACAAUGAAGACGGUGUUGACACUGGCGGACCCAGCUACGAUGUGCAGCAACCUUGACGCGUGGGGCAAGGCUCUAGAGUGUGUGUUCAUCCUGGGGGGGCAGUGUCCGAGUGUAGGGGGAGGAACCACAGACCCAGGCCAGAAACUAAAUGAACUCAAGACGAUUCAACAGGAGGCAUGUUUCGAUCUUAAACAAGCUGGCUCUGUGAUGAUUGUUCCCACUGGGCGACAUAUAUACCAGAAAAGAGGCGGCACCCUGAGACUUGCUUGUGCAGGUGUGGGUCUGGGGGGUGGAACUGAUGCUCCUGUCUACCAGUGGAAGGACACGCAUCGACACGACAUCAACGUGACGCAGGGCAGGGUUCAUGUUAUCAACAUGGGGACAUCAUCCAUCCUCGUCAUCAACAACAUACAGGGGAGUGAUGAGGGCACUUACUUGUGUACGGCAUCGCCAACGAAGACAUCACAUGCCACGGCCUAUACCGCAGCCAGGGUUUAUGAUGCAUUUCAUGUCUCCAAUAUCAACUGCAACGACCCCGCCAACUACAAAGCUGCGUUCGAUGAGUGUGCUCACUAUUACAACAUCACGGGGUUGACCUUCUCUAAGCCGUUGGACACACCGGAUUUAGUUACCAACAACGCUAAUGUGUUCUUUACCCAGGAUAUUCAGAAGAUGUGCAGUAACCCUACGCCAUACAACCAGGCGGCACGGUGUGUCAUGGCAGUGUCAUGGCAGUGUUUGAAUGGUAACGCUAUUCCACACUCUGGCAACGAUGUAGUCGAGGGAAUGGAGACUAUAUGCUCCGCUUACGUUGCAGGUUCCUACAACGACAGCUGUGUGAAUUCUGCAAAGGACGAUAUGGCUCACUGUAACAUUUUUGAAUUCGCAAACUGGUCCAUGAAAGUCGACAAAUCACAUGGUUACGGGAAGGCAGAGUUGUGCAGGAUAUACGGCAUCGCUUUAGACUGCGCGGAGAAAUUCCUUCAGGUAUGCACGCCAAAGAUGCACACUGUUGAGGCGUUUAAAGCCGCCUACAGAGCCAUGGAACUCAGUCAGUGUGCCACAGAUAAUAGCCAGCCAGGUGCAGUGACCGACUCUCGGGUGUGUUUCCACUCAGCUGAUCUCCAUGCCCAGUACAGACAAUGCUUUAUUAAAGGAAAUUACAGCAUAACACUCCCUGCUUUCAUCACCGAGAUGGAGAUGACUUACACCAUCCCAGCAUUGGUCGUUCUCCAGACAACAGCAGAUACGUGCAGCGAUACAGCUCCAUUAAAGGUCGCAGCUCAGUGCGUAAGAGACAUCAGCAGACCCUGCCUCUUUCACAACUGGUACAAUCUCAUACACCACAUCCCUCAACUGAAAGACGUGGAAGCAGCCAUCCAGUACAAAUGUACUCAUAUCGCAGAUUAUGACGCCACAUGCGCUGCACCAAAUUCCCCCAAGGUGUUCCAGUGUGCUUGGCAAAAAAUGGCAAAUGAAUUUAACUUGGUUUACCAACGCAACAUGCAAGCUAUGUUUUGUAGAAUGCGGGAGCAUGUCGACGAGUGUGUCCAGUCCGCCUUGGCUGCAUGUCCAGCCUCGUCCAGGAAGACGUUUCUCAACGUCAACAACAUCCUCUCACCUACACAGAACGGCUGUCAGAAAUUUGGCCAUGCCGUGGCAGUAUCUAACAUCAUUGGGUAGAGUAGUAAGUGCAACGGUUUUCUUGAGACGAGAAUAUAUGUAAAACACAUGUUCUGCCUUCCAAUAAAUAAUGUCUUGCC